AUGAAGCUGAAUCCAAGCAAAUGUGCUUUUGGAGUAUCAUCAGGGAAAUUCCUUGGCUUUAUGGUCUCCCACAGGAGAAUUGAAGUGAAUCCUAAUAAAAUUCAAGUAAUACUGGACGUGAAGCCUCCACAAAAUACCAAAGAAAUCCAGUCCCUCACUGGACAAGUUGCUGCACUUAACAGAAAAGCAUUCGAAUGGACCGAUGAGUGUCAAAGAGUUUUCGAAGAUCUGAAGGCAUACCUUACCAUGGCUCUGUUGUUGAGUCCGUCCGUGGUGGGAGAGGAGUUGUAUUUAUACUUAGCAGUAACCCCGCAUGCCGUGAGUUCAGCAUUGAUAAGAGAAGAAGAUAAAGUGCAAAGACCUAUGUACUAUACGAGUAAGGCAUUGAGGGGAGCGGAAGGACGAUAUCCACAAAUGGAGAAAUUAGCCUUCGCAUUGAUCACCGCUUCCAGGAAGCUGAGGCAUUAUUUCCAAGCACAUGUCAUUAAUGUCAUGACAGAUCAUCCGCUCAAGAAGGCGAUGAAUAGACUGGAAGCUGCAGGACGAUUGAUUCAGUGGACUGUAGAGCUCAAUGAGUUUGACAUUAGAUAUCAACCAAGGCAUGCCAUAAAAGCUCAAGCACUAGCAGAUUUCAUUGUGGAGUUUAUCCCAAAUCAUGAUGAGACAGAAGACAGUAAGAGAUGGGUCGUCCAUGUGGAUGGUUCGUCUACACGGCAUGCAGGUGGAAUUGGUGUGGUCCUACAAUCCCCAGAAGGAGACAAACUGAAACAUAAGGUUUGUCUGCAGUACCAAGCAACUAACAAUGAAGUCGAGUAUGAAGCCCUUCUCAAAGGGCUAGAAUUAGCUAAGUUUGUGGAAACCAAGUCUAUACUAUUCUUGGGGGAUUCUCAGUUGGUCAUGGGGCAAGUAAAUGGGAUGUAUGAAGUAAAGGAAGAACGGAUGAGGAAAUACCUUAGUAGGGUGAUGUGCCUUAUGAAAAGAUUUGAAAAAACUGACUUCGUUCAAAUCCCAAAGGAGGAGAACGUGGAAGCUGAUACCAUAGCAAAAGAAGCCUCAGCAAAUGAAUAUAUGGACGAAUUUGAUGAAGUUCAGUAUAUGUCAAGUAUAGAUAUCCCAGAAGUACAACAGGUGGAGAGCAGAGGAAAUUUGAUAACCCCGAUUAUAUCAUACUUGAGAGAUGGACGACUACCAGAAGAGAAGGACGAAGCUAGGAAGUUGAGGGUGAGAUCGACUAGGACCACAGUGAGAACCCCUACGGGGAAAACUCCUUUCAAGGUAGCCUAUGGAAGUGAAGCAGUCAUACCUGCAGAAGUACAUAUGGCCAAUCACAGGGUGACGAUGUAUGAAGAUAAGGAUAAUGAGGAACAACUCCGUUUGAACCUCGAUCUGAUAGAUGAGGUAAGGGUAGACGCAGAGCACAGGGCAGCAAAGUACAAGAACCUCAUGGCCAGGCAGUAUGGUGCAAUGGUGAAGCCAAGACGUUUCAACAUAGGAGAUCUUGUCCUGAGAAAGGUCUCUUUGGCAACCAAAAACCCAGGACAUGGGAAAUUAAGCCCAAAUUGGGAAGGACCCUAUAGAGUUAUCAACUAUAAAAGGCAAGGAUUCUACUACUUGGAGGCCCUGGAUGGGAGAAAAUUGGAGCAUCCUUGGAAUGUGGAGCACCUGAGAAGGUACUAUCAGUAA